ACGUUUAUUAGUUUAAACUACCGAAGAAAAUGAUUUUGAGAUAAAAAAUGAUAUUUUGAUACCUGAUACCUGUUGGUUGAACGAAACGAUCAUGGCGGGGAAAGGUUUCUGCGUAAAAAUAAAACUUGAAUUACACGCCAUAACGUGUCCGGGUGUAUGGCUGUGUCCUAAUGGGAAAAUAGCGCUGCGAAUAACCAGUCUUGGUUCCAUCCUAGAAUCUCACAGAGUAUCACCGAUUUUUCCACUAUUAUUUCACAACGAGUUUAACUUUAAGAAAACUUUCACACGGCUGGCUGCUUUGACAGAGUUGCAACGGAUUCUGGAGAAACAGCCUUUCUAUGCGGAAUUGAUACAAUGGCUUAACCCGUGUAACCAACCCAUCAUCUUGGCCACCUUUCAUACUAGUUUAGCUGAUCUUCUCUAUCCCGUAGCUCAUUGCAAACAUUUACUACCUGGAGUCGACAUUGAUCUACUUAUGGACCCCACCAAAUAUUUUCCUGGUAUUAUAGCACCUAAAAUCGAGAUUUCGACAAAAACAGUCAUAGAAGAAGUAAAAACGAUUUACCAUGCAAAUAUUGAUCAAUCUUGUGUAUUCAAUCCAAAAACAAUCGAUUCUAAGCAAAAAUCUUACACCCACAAAAAACGAGCCGUCAAAGGUAUUAUCAGGCAAAGAAAAGUUUGUCAUAGUCGAGCAAAAUCGAAAAAUCAAGUUUGCUAUUCUGCACGGUACCGAUGCAAAUCAUGCAACGAUAUAAUGUGCCCAUAUCAGAUUGAACCAUAUCGAACUAGUCAAUGUUACCAUCCAUUGAAACAGAAAUUAAAAAGCCAAAAGAAUCUUGCCAUCCAUGUUGACGCAAAUGAUGCAUUGCCAUCACAUGAAAUACCUUUUAUUUGUGGCAACCUGCAUAUCUUUGAUAGCUGCCCUGUCUGUUUGAAGUAUAAAUGUUAUUUUUCCAGUGAAUGUGACGGUACUUCUCCCGAUAAGUCGAUUCCAAUAAAUUUGUGUAAUUAUCAGCAUUAUGGAUGUCAUUGUUUACCGAAUAGUCAGUUGUCGCAAGAACCUAUUUCUACAGUACCAGGCCUGAUAUUUUCGGCAAAGGAUUCCAAAUCAAAUGUAUAGGUUCCAUUGCUCAUUAAUCAUUUUUUAUAAUAAAAUGAAAUCAUCAAGAAAGAAAAAAUACACAAAAAUAACAUUUUAUUGUAUGCAAUAAC